UGUAAGCCAGUUGAGGCACCUCCGCCAUCGUGUGUUUACUGCAAGUUUGUAUUCUCUCCACUCAGCGACCAUGUCUCUCAAAAGGAGCUUUAAAUUGCAGCGAACUGAGAGCGCCACAGCUGAACACUGCUGUGUGCCUUUCUGUCAAGCGUCUGGUAAGUACAACAAAGUACUUAGCUUCCACACAUUUCCCUCUGAUGAAGAAACUCGCCAAAAGUGGUUUGUCGCUAUCCGAAGGAAGAACUUUACAGUCGGUCAUCAUACCCGAGUUUGUAGUCGUCAUUUUAAAAGCGAGGACGUCCGAGAGCCACUGUCUCUGGGGGGGCGGCGACUGUUAGAGAGGGGGGCGGUUCCGUCGCUGUUUGAGUGGAACAAUUACUCCUCCGUCCCACCUACAAGAGCGGAAGUUCGCCCGAUGGAGACUGAUACAGUGGGUGGAAAGGCUAAUGCUAAUACAGCCGUGCGGGACCACGAUUACGCUUCGGCGCCGGAUCCCGCCGUCGUUGACUUAGCUCUGCAGGAAAAUGCAACUCUGAAAGAGGUGGUUCUCAAGCUAAGGAAGCGGGUAGAGAAGCUCGCUGUGAAGCAGCGGUUUGGCAUCCAUCGUUUUGCUGGCUCAGACAGGGACAUCCGCCUUUUCACCAGGUUUGCAUCCUAUGACCACCUCAUGCGCUUCUGGGCAUUAAUCGAGCCAUCGCUGCCAUUGAUGGUCAGUGUGACCAAUGCACAGAGAGGCGCCUUCACAGAGCCAAGUACCACUGCAACUCAUUCCCUGCAGCCCAUAGAUGAGAUGUUCCUGUUCCUUAACUAUCUGGCACUGGGCUCAGAACAACAGGAUCUUGCUGAAAGAUAUGGAAUCCAACAGUCUGCAGUCAGACAGAUCAUCACGAUGUGGAGUAACUUUCUGUACAUUGUCCUAGGAUCAGUGAAGAUCUGGAUUUCAGAGGAGAAAAUAAUGGAACAUUUACCAGCAGAGUUCAAGGACUAUGCAAACACCACAGUCAUCCUGGUCAGCACAGAGCUGAGGUGCCAGUGUCCAUCCUCCACUCUCCUCAAAAGUGAAGUGUUCCCUGUACAGAAGUCCCACUGUACUCUCAAAGGGCUGAUUGGAUUUGCUCCACAUGGGGCCGUCACCUUCAUUUCUCCGCUGUACGCUGGCUGUAUCAGUGAAAAACAGAUCACACGAAAGUCUGGAAUUCUGUCCCUGCUAAGACCUGGGGUGGCUAUCAUGGUUGAUAGAGGGUUCCCGGUCGAUGACUUGCUGCUGUGUAAAGUCUAUAGACCGACAUUUUUCUCUGGCAGGUCCCAGAUGUCUGCCUGUGAGGUCAGGGAGACCCAGGACAUUGCACGGCUCAGGGUGCAUAUUGGGUGCCUCAUCCAUCAAGUAAAAGCACACAAGUUCUUUGACACAGAGAUCCCACUCUGGCUUUUUGGCAGUAUUAACCAGCUAUAUACUGUUGCAUGUCUCCUAACAAACUAUGAAAAUGUACCUCUUAUAAAAGCUUGUGAAAAGAAACCCAGUAUAGGACACUGAACAUACAACUUUUUUGGUCAUUUGUGUGAAACAGACUUAAGGUAAAUCAAAACAAUGUCCAAAACUUAAGUGAGGCCUGUACACAGCAAUCAGCUGUAUAUACUUAGAUAUUUUUUUAUAUUAUUCACGUUAUUGAGUAUUAUUUUCUUGAAAUACAGUCACUUUUUCAACUUAAAUAGUACCAUCAUCUUUUUCCUGACCUGUCAGUUCUGCUCACCAACCAUUCUCAAUCAGUUAACGUAAUUUACACAAGACACAAAAACACUGAUUCUAAUCAUGCAUCUUUAUUACACUGUCCAUUAUUUGCUGUAUUAAGUGAAUCAUGUCCAAUUUUAGCCCCAUCCAGCAACCCAUUUGUCCUGUUUGCAUAAUAAUGCCCUAUUUACAUGUUGGACUGGAACAGAGGUAUAGGAACUUUAGUAUGUAUCAACAGUCUAUUAAAUAAUUAAUCAAAGUAAAUUACAGCUAUUUACAGCUGCCGAUCCAUGGUGCAUCCGAGUAGCUGGUGAUUAACUUCCCUUGCUCUGUAGUACUCGUCUGCUGCUACAGGUUUCAUCCAGGGCCACUCAUGUUUGAAGUCUGAUGGCUCGGCUUCAAGAGUCUUUGCGAGAUUUUUUCGGUCCCCAGGUGUAGACCUCGAUGAAUUUGCAGGAGGUGACAUGAUGCUGAAUUUAAACAGAAGUAUUACAGGAAGAGGGCCCAGUCUGCGAUGCAGUCGGGGUCGCGGUGGGGGAGAAAGAGCAUCAGGUGUAGUUGGGUUUUCGGGGGUCUCUUCUUGUCGUUGCAAUGUGAAACGAAAAUGUAUUUAUUUACAUUUUCAGACGCUACCUGUUUAUUUUACGCAUCUGACUAUAUUAAGGAGGUUGUUUUCUCCUUCUUUGACUUUUAAUGGCCGUUGGCAAACCAGCUUACAGAUGCUUUACCGCCCACUACUGGAUUGGAGUGCGAAACAGUAGAUCAGGGAAACACUCUCUUGACAGUUCGUGUUACUUUUAAGUAAUUAAUUAAAAGUGGGCGGAAUGCGUAUUGCCCGGAUGUAGUUUGUUUGACGUCAAACCUGUUCUAGCGUCACAUCCAGAAGAACCGUUUGCAUUUCGCGCAAGAAACGAAGCGUCGGUGGACACCU